AUGCUCGCGCUCGCCACCCCAGUUGCCUCCGCUCUGCCCUCGUUCCCUUCUUACCCGUACUACGACCUCGAUCCGAAUAGCCAGCUGUCGUCUUCCCCGCCUCCGUCCGCCUUCUACCCCAGCUUGGACUCGAACAUGUCCGCCUCGCCCAGCGACGCCCAGCCGCUGACCGACUCGCCGCCCCGUCAGACCGACGAUCAACACGGCGUCAAGCUGCCUAGCAUCUUUGAGAACCGCCGCUCGAGCUAUCCCGGCGGCGGCGGAUCGUCGUCCUUGUCGGCGUAUCAGUUCCCGCAACAGCAUCAACAACAACAAACUUACGAGGCGCCGCUCUCGUCCAACGCCGCCAGCUACGCGGCAGACUACCAGUUCCCCCGGCCCGCAUCCGGCCAGCACCAGGACUACAGCGACUACGCCAGGACCAACAGCUCGCAACCGCUCGCCACGUUGCCCUACCAGCUCUCUCACCAGCAGCCGCCUGUGGCGAUGUACGGCACGCGAAUCGCGAGCCACAGCCAGCCCGAGCGUCGUGCGAGCUACGCCCAGUCGGCGACUGCCGAUACGAUCAAAGACGAGUGGGGUUCGAUGCCUUCGGGCUCGAACCCGAGUCCCUCGCCGAACCCUUCUCCUGUGGCACCGGCCAGCAGCCUCGUCGACCGGCCGCAGAAGAAGCGCGGCAAGCUGCCAAAGCCCACCACUGACUUUCUCAAGGACUGGCUCCACCGGCAUGCGGACCACCCGUACCCUUCUGAGGAAGAGAAGAAGCAGCUCUGCGCGGCGACUGGCCUCAGCAUGUCUCAGGUAUCGAACUGGAUGAUAAACGCUCGUCGCCGCAUUCUUGCACCCGUACAUCGCGCUCAGAGCAACCCCGCUACCACCACGCCACUUGGUGGACCGCCUAUUACUCGUGCUCCGCCGCCCCAGCCUUCUGGCCUGAGCACUACUGCUCUACUUCGCCGUGCUUCGAUGCCCACUGACGGCCUCAAUCUGUUCCACCCCAUGUCGCUGCAGUCUCUUCCUUCCUCGCACGGGGCAAGCACGGAUCCCUAUUACCAUCCUGGGCGUGGUCCGCUCAUGUACGCUUCGCGUGGCUCGUACUCUGGUCCCAGUGGCCCGGCGUACACCGUCUCGAGCAGCGGAGGUGUUGCUGGCUAUAGCUUCCCCUCCAGCCACUCGCAGUCGUACUCUCAGGCUAGCGGCAUGCCUGCUCCCGGCGGCUCAUCUGGGGGCUAUGCUCCUCAGUACACGGGUCCUGGUCAGCCUGGUGGUGGCGCGCUGGGUCUUCAUGCCGGUCAUGGCGGCGCCGCACUGUACGCGCAAAACCAGCACCAGUACGCGGCGAGCAUUCCUCGCGGGGGCAGCGCGGAUGGCAACACCGCGCAGACGUCACCAAGCCCUGGUGGGUACACGCCGCAGUAG